AUGGCUCAAGAUUCAGUAGGACUUUCUUCUGAUUAUCAGUUUUGGAUGCGGAAGCUGUCUGUAUGGGGCCAGGCCUCCACUUUGGAAACCCAGCAAGACAUCUGCCAUCACCUACCUCAGUUCCAGGAGUUCCUGAGGCAGAUUUAUGAAACCUUAAAAGAGAUGGAUUCAAGUGCAAUCAUUGAAAGAUUCCCCACAAUUGGUCAACUAUUGGCAAAAACUUGCUGGAAUCCUUUUAUCUUAGCAUAUGAUGAAAGCCAAAAAAUUCUAACAUGGUGCUUAGGUUGUCUAAUUACCAAAGAACCACAGAGUUCUGGAGAAUCGAAAUUCAACUCCUGGACACGGGGGUUGUUAUCUCAUAUACUUGCAGCAUUCAGAUUUGAUAUAAAAGAAGUUGAUCUUUUUACUCAAAGUCUUGGCUAUGCACCUGCAGAUUAUUAUCCUGGUUUGCUAAAGAAGAUGGUUUUAUCAUUAGUGUCUGAACUCAGAGAAAGUCAUCUUAAUGGAUUUAACACUCAGAGGCGAAUGGCACCUGAACGAGUAAGGUCCCUAUCACAAGUUUGUAUCCCACUUAUUACCCUGCCUGAUUUUGGACCACUGGUGGAAGCUCUGCUCACCUACCAUGGCCAUGAACCUCAGGAAACGCUAUGGCCUGCGUUCUUCGAUGCUGUGAAUGAGGCCUUUUUGCAGAAGAAGAUUCUUCUCCCCAAGUCAGCAGUCGUCUGCCUUUGGCUUCGACACCUUCCCAGCCUUGAAAAAGCAACGCUGCACCUUUUUGAAAAGCUAAUCUUCAGCGAGAGAACUUCUCUGACAAGGACCGAAUGCCUCAUGAGACAGUCAUUGCUGCCUGAAGCAGCCUGCCACCCCGCCAUCUUCAGAAUCAUUGAUGAAAUGUUCAGAUAUGCGCUCUUGGAAACCGACGGAGCCCCGGAAGUGCUGGCCACCCUUCAAGUGUUCACGUGCUGCUUUGUAGAAGCUCUGGGAAAAGAAGACAACCAGCUGAAGUUUGCACUCAGGACCUACUUUCCUUAUGCUCCUCCGUCUCUGGUCAUGGCGCUAGUCCAACACCCGAAAGACACCCCCCAGGGACUGCGGCACCAGCCACUGAGGCGGCUUUCUGAGAUGCUCAGGGAAGCGGCGGAAGACCAGGCUCACGGGUCCUCCGGAGGCGCCUUUGAGAGCUGGUUCUUGUUCGCUCGCUUUGGAGGCUGGGCGGACAUGGCAGCUGAGCAGUUACUGAUGUCAGCGGCUGAACCCCCCGAGGCCCUGCUGUGGCUCUUGGCAUUCAGCUACAGCCCACGUGACGGGAGCCAGCCGAGAGCGCAGGCCACGGCGGAGCUGAAGGCAGUGCUCGGCCCCCUCCGGAGGCUGCUCAGAAGCCCGACCCUCUCGGCCAGGGAUGUGCUGGCAGCAGCUGGAGCGCGGCCAGGCGGGGCCUCCGGGCCGCUGGCCUACGGGCAGCUGAUCAGGCACCUCCUGCUGACCUUCCUGCUCUGGGCGCCCGCAGGCCGCGCGAUUGCCCGGGAGGUCCUCGGCCACGUGGCGCAGACCGAGGCGGCGGCCCAGGACACCAUCGGCUUCCUGGACCAGACCCUGUACCGAUGGGAUCGCCUCCGCACGGAGGCGCCAGCACCCAGACGCCUGGCCCAGGAGCUCCUCGCAGAGCUGCGUGCGCGGCCAGGGCCGGCCGCUGA